AUGAAAAUAGUUGUUGUGCCUAUUUACCAACUAAUACUUCUGUGGAAAUUAUCACUAACGAUACAUGGACUGAAAAAGGACGAGCCGAAGAUAUCACAUGGAAUACCUCAAGAGAGUAAACGUUCUCUCCAGCCACAGUCAAUGACUAGAUGUGGACGAUCAACUGAUAGCAAUCCCCCCACAACUCCAUGGACAAGACAAGGGAAGUCUUUAAGACCACAGUCAGUAACAAGAUUUGGACGAUCAGCUGACACCAAACCAAUUCGUGGAGGUAACAAUUAUAUCAGUUCAAUAAUACCACAGUCAAUAGCAAGAUUUGGGGGGUUCGCAGAGAAAAAUCCUAUCCGUCAAUGGAAAAGACAUGGAAGGUCUAUAAGACCACACUCAGUAACAAAACUUGGACGAUCAGCUGACACCAAACCUAUUCAUGGAGGUGACAGUUAUACCAGGUCAAUAAUACCUCAGUCAAUAACAAGAUUUGGAAGGUCCGCAGAUAAAAAUCCUAUCAGUCAAUGGACAAGAGAUGGAGGGUCUAUAAGUCCACAGUCAAUAGCAAGAUUUGGACGAUCAGCCGGCGCCAAACCUAUUUAUGGAGGGAACAAAUAUAUCAGGUCCAUAAGACAACAGUCAAUAACAAGAUUUCGAAGGUCUGCAGAUAAAAAUCCUACCAGUCAAUGGACAAGAGAUAGAGGGUCUAUAAGACCACAGUCAAUAACAAGAUUUGGACGAUCCGCUGGCACCAAACCUAUCUAUGGAGAGAACAAAUAUAUCAGGUCUAUAAGACCACAGUCAAUAACGGGAUUUGGACUAUUAGCUGGCAACAAACCUAUUAAUGGAGGGAACAAAUAUAUCAGGUCUAUAAGACCACAGUCAAAAACGAGAUUUAGAGGAUCAGCUGACACCAAACCUAUUCAUGGAGGGAACAAAUAUAUCAGGUCUAUAAGACAAAAGUCAAUAAAAAGAUUUGGACUAUCAGCUGGCACCAAACCUACUCAUAUAUGGAACAAAUAUAUCAGGUCUAUAAGACCACAGUCAAUAACAAGAUUUGGACGAUCAGUUGGUACCAAACCUACGCAUGGAGGGAAAAAAUAUAUCAGGUCUAUAAGACCACAGUCAAUAACAAGAUUUGGACGAUCAGCUGACACCAAACCUAUUUAUGGAGGGAACAAAUAUAUCAGGUCAAUAAGACCACGCUCAAUAACAAGAUUUGGAAGGUCUGCAGAUAAAAAUCCUAUCAAUCACAGGAACAAAUAUAUCAGGUCUAUAAGACCACAGUCAAUAACGAGAUUUGGACGAUCAGCUGACACCAAACCUAUUCAUGGAGGGAACAAAUAUAUCAGGUCUAUAAGACCGCAGUCAAUAACGAGAUUUGGACGAUCAGCUGACACCAAACCUAUUCAUGGAGGGAACAAAUAUAUCAGGUCUAUAAGACAAAAAUCAAUAAAAAGGUUUGGACUAUCUGCUGGAACCAAACCUACUAAUAUAUGGAACAAAUAUAUCAGGUCUACAAGACCACAGUCAAUAACAAGAUUUGGACUAUCAGCUGACACCAAAGCUAUUUAUGGAGUGAACAAAUAUAUAUGGUCUAUAACACCACAGUCAAUGACGAGAUUUGGACGAUCAGCUGACACCAAACCUAUUCAUGGAGGGAACAAAUAUAUCAGGUUUAUAAGACCAAAGUCAAUAACGAGAUUUGGACUAUCAGCUGACACCAAAGCUAUUUAUGGAGUGAACAAAUAUAUCAGGUCUAUAACACCACAGUCAAUAACAAGAUUUGGACAAUCUGCUGGCACCAAACCUAUUCAUGGAGGGAACAAAUAUAUCAGGUCUAUAACACCACAGUCAACGACAAGAUUUGGACGAUCAGCUGACACCAAACCUAUUUAUGGAGGGAACAAAUAUAUCAGGUCUAUAAGACCACAGUCAAUAUCAAGAUUUGGAAGGUCUGCAGAUAAAAAUCCUAUCAGUCAAAGGACAAGAGAUGGACGGUUUAUCAGAUCGCAGUCAACAAAAAGAUUUGGACUAUCAACUGGCACUAAACCUAUUCAUGGAGGGAACAAAUAUAUCAGGUCUAUAAGACCACACUCAACGACGAGAUUUGGACGAUCAGCUGACACCAAACCUAUUCAUGGAGAGAACAAAUAUAUCAGGUCUAUAAGACCACAGUCAAUAACGAGAUUUGGACUAUCAGUUGACACCAAAGCUAUUUAUGGAGUGAACAAAUAUAUCAGGUCUAUAACACCACAGUCAAUAACGAGAUUUGGACGAUCAGCUGACACCAAACCUAUUCAUGGAGGUAACAAAUACAUCAGGUCUAUAACACCACAGUCAAUAACAAGAUUUGGACGAUCAGCUGACACCAAACCUAUUUAUGGAGGGAACAAAUAUAUCAGGUCUAUAAGACCACAGUCAAUAACAAGAUUUGGAAGGUCCGCAGAUAAAAAUCCUAUCAGUCAAAGGACAAGAGAUGGAGGGUCUAUAAGAUCAGAGUCAACAAAAAGAUUUGGACUAUCGACUGGCACUAAAUUUAUUCAUGGAGGGAACAAAUAUAUCAGGUCUAUAAGACCACAGUCAAUAAGAAGAUUUGGACAAUCUGCUGGCACCAAACCUAUUCAUGGAGGGAACAAAUAUAUCAGGUCUAUAAGACCACAGUCAAUAACAAGAUUUGGACGAUCCGCUGACACCAAACCUAUUUAUGGAGGGAACAAACAUAUCAGGUCUUUAAGACCACAGUCAAUAACAAGAUUUGGAAGGUUCGCAGAUAAAAAUCCUAUCAGUCAAUGGACAAGAGAUGGAGGGUCUAUCAGAUCACAGUCAACAGAAAGAUUUGGACUAUCAACUGGCACUAAACCUAUUCAUGGAGGGAACAAGUAUAUCAGGUCUAUAAGACCACAGUCAAUAACGAGAUUUGGACGAUCAGCUGGCACCAAACCUAUUCCUGGAGGGAACAAAUAUAUCAGGUCUAUAAGACCACAGUCAAUAACGAGAUUUGGACUAUCAGCUGACACCAAACGUAUUUAUGGAGGGAACAAAUAUAUUGGGUCUAAAAGACAAAAAUCAGUGAAAAGAUUUGGACUAUCAGCUGGCACCAAACCUACACAUGGAGGGAACAAAUAUAUCAGGUCUAUAAGACUACAGUCAAUACCAAGAUCUGGACGAUCAGCUGGCACCAAACCUAUUCAUGGAGGGAGCAAAUAUAUCAGGUCUAUAACACCACAGUCAAUAAUAAGAUUUGGGCGAUCAGCUGACACCAAACCUAUUCAUGGAGGGAACAAAUAUCAGGUCUAUAAGACCACAGUCAAUAACAAGAUUUGGAAGAUCAGCUAA